AAAAAUUUUAAGUCAUAAAAAUAUGUAGCAGUAAAUUUGACCAGAAAGGUUGUUAAGUAGUUAUAUUUUAUUUCAAUUAAGAAUUAUUUCAUAUACCAAGAACAUAUUUACACUGCCAAUUUUUCAUAGGUACAAAUGAUGCAAAAUGUACACCUGGCCCCAGAGACAGAUGAAGAUGAUCUUUAUUCUGGUUAUAAUGACUACAAUCCAACCUAUGAUACUGAGGAAUUAGAGAAUGACACAGCUUUUCAGCAAGCAGUGAGAACUAGUCAUGGCAGAAGACCUCCAAUAACUGCUAAAAUACCAAGCACAGCAGUUACUAGACCUAUAGCUACUGGAUAUGGGUCCAAGACAUCCCUGGCAUCAUCGAUGGGAAGACCAAUGACAGGGGCUAUUCAGGAUGGAAUUACUAGACCAAUGACAGCAGUGAGAGCAGCUGGUUUUACCAAAGCAGCUUUGAGAGGCUCUGCAUUUGACCCCCUUGGUCAGUCAAGGGGCCCUGCUCCUCCUUUGGAAGCCAAAAAUGAAGAUAGUCCAGAAGAAAAGAUUAGACAAUUAGAGAAGAAAGUAAAUGAAUUGGUAGAAGAAAGCUGUAUUGCCAACAGCUGUGGAGACUUAAAAUUGGCCUUAGAAAAGGCAAAAGAUGCAGGAAGAAAAGAGAGAGUCUUGGUGAGACAACGAGAACAAGUUACAACUCCAGAAAAUAUCAAUUUGGAUUUAACUUACUCAGUUCUUUUCAACUUGGCUAGUCAGUAUUCGGCUAAUGAAAUGUAUGCUGAAGCACUAAACACAUAUCAAGUUAUAGUGAAAAAUAAGAUGUUUAUCAAUGCAGGAAGAUUGAAAGUGAAUAUGGGAAAUAUUUAUUUAAAGCAAAGAAAUUAUUCCAAAGCCAUUAAAUUCUACCGAAUGGCACUAGAUCAAAUUCCAAGCGUCCAUAAAGAAAUGAGGAUUAAAAUCAUGCAGAACAUUGGUGUUACAUUUAUAAAAACUGGUCGGUAUUCAGAUGCCAUUAAUUCAUUUGAGCACAUCAUGAGUAUGGCCCCAAAUCUGAAGGCAGGCUUCAACCUAAUUCUUAGUUACUUUGCUGUUGGAGAUCGAGACAAAAUGAAGAAGGCAUUCCAAAAAUUGAUUGCUGUUCCCUUAGAAAUUGAUGAAGAUGAUAAAUAUAUUUCACCAAGUGAUGAUCCACACACCAACUUGGUGAUUGAAGCUAUAAAAAAUGAUCAUCUAAGGCAAAUGGAACGUGAAAGGAAGGCCAUGGCAGAAAAAUACAUCAUGACAGCCGCAAAACUCAUUGCUCCUGUAAUUGAAACAUCUUUUGCUGUAGGUUAUGACUGGUGUGUUGAAGUUGUGAAAGCGUCUCAAUAUGUAGAGUUAGCAAAUGAUCUGGAAAUAAACAAGGCAAUUACAUACUUGAGACAAAAGGACUUUAACCAAGCUGUAGAGACCUUAAAAAUGUUUGAAAAAAAGGACAGUAGAGUGAAAAGUGCAGCGGCAACCAACCUCUCAUUUCUUUAUUAUUUGGAAAAUGAAUUUGCACAAGCCAGCAGCUAUGCAGAUUUAGCUGUGAACUCUGAUAGAUAUAAUCCCUCAGCUCUGACUAAUAAAGGGAAUACAGUUUUUGCAAGUGGUGAUUAUGAGAAGGCAGCUGAAUUCUAUAAAGAGGCUCUAAGAAAUGAUUCUUCUUGUACUGAAGCACUUUAUAAUAUUGGCCUUACCUAUAAGAGGCUAAACCGGCUCGAUGAAGCUUUGGAUUGUUUCCUGAAACUUCACGCAAUCCUGAGAAACAGUGCCCAAGUUCUUUACCAGAUAGCAAAUGUAUAUGAAUUAAUGGAAGAUCCCAAUCAAGCUAUUGAAUGGUUAAUGCAGCUGAUCAGUAUUGUUCCAACUGAUUCUAGAGCUUUGUCUAAACUAGGAGAAUUAUAUGAUAGUGAAGGAGAUAAAUCCCAAGCAUUUCAAUAUUACUAUGAGUCGUACAGGUAUUUCCCCUCUAACAUUGAAGUCAUUGAGUGGCUUGGAGCCUAUUACAUUGACACCCAGUUUUGUGAAAAAGCCAUUCAAUACUUUGAAAGAGCUUCUCUUAUACAGCCUACACAAGUGAAAUGGCAGCUGAUGGUAGCUAGUUGUUUUAGAAGAAGUGGUAACUACCAAAAAGCGUUAGAUACUUAUAAGGAGAUUCACAGAAAAUUUCCAGAAAAUGUUGAAUGUCUGCGUUUCUUGGUUCGUCUCUGCACAGAUAUUGGAUUAAAAGAAGUUCAAGAAUAUGCAACAAAACUCAAGAGAUUGGAAAAAAUGAAAGAAAUAAGGGAACAGCGCAUAAAGUCUGGCAGAGACAGCAGUGGGGGCUCCCGCAGCAGAAGAGAGGGGAGUGCCGGCAGUGAUAGUGGCCAGAACUGUAGUGCCAGUAGUAAAGGUGAACGACUAAGUGCCAAACUCAGAGCUUUGCCUGGGACAAAUGAACCUUAUGAAAGUAGCAGUAACAAAGAAAUAGAUGCCUCCUAUGUGGAUCCACUUGGCCCUCAAAUAGAAAGACCAAAAACUGCAGCCAAAAAAAGAAUCGACGAGGAUGAUUUUGCUGAUGAAGAAUUAGAUGAUUUGCUUCCCGAAUAAUACACACUUUAAAAUUUUACUUAUUAAAGGAAAGAAAUUGCCUUACAAGAUAAUACUUAUGUGAGACUUUGGAUUAAACACCCAAAUUUUAAUUUUGUACACUGUCAAAACCUUAAAUAAGUGUAUUCUGUUCUAUGAGAUGGGUCCAAGUUUUGUUUUGUUUAUAUGGAAUAAAGAUAUGUGAAACUAAUA